AUCUGGGGUCGGAAAACACCGCCGCUGCUUCUCCAGCACUCGAAGGAAUGACACCUAACACAAAAAACUUAUUCAGCUAACUGAUCGUGAGCUUUUCCUGUUUUUUUUCUCCUCCUGUUUUUAUUGGAUGAGUGCCUGUAAAUCAUUUCUGCGCUUUUUAGUUUGAACAGUAACCAUGACUGGAGUUUUCGACAGUCUCAACACAGAUAUGCAUUCCAACCAGAUUACCUCGAGCAGUUACCACAGCUUGCACAAAUCCCAGGAAUCCCCUACUUUACCCGUGUCCACGGCCACGGACAGCAGCUACUACACGAACCAGCAGGCUGGACACUGCGCAGGCUCGCCCUACGGACAGCUCGGCGCCUACCAGUACCACAGCAACGGCAUGAGCGGCGUGCAGUACGGCAACAAGUCGUACGACCUGGGAUUCAACAGCUCUUUCAGCCCGUACGGCACCUACGGCUCGAGCACUUCACCCACUCCGGCAGACGCAGAAAAGGAGGAGAGUGAGCCUGAAAUCCGGAUGGUGAACGGGAAGCCAAAGAAAGUGAGAAAACCUCGGACGAUCUACUCGAGUUUCCAGCUCGCCGCGCUGCAGAGGCGCUUCCAGAAGACGCAGUAUCUGGCGCUGCCGGAGAGAGCAGAGCUGGCCGCCUCGCUGGGACUCACCCAGACCCAGGUGAAAAUCUGGUUUCAGAAUCGUCGCUCCAAGUUCAAGAAGUUGUGGAAGAACGGAGAGAUUCCGCCGGAGCAGCACGUGGCCUCCAGCGAGUCUCCUCCCUGCCACUCUCCACCCGUCAGCAGCGCCUGGGACUUUCCGCACAGCCAGAGGAUGAACGGAGUGCCUCCGGCUCUGGCGCAGAGCAGCAGCUCGCCCAGCACCACGGCGCCUUCGUUCCUCCCCAACUACUCCUGGUACUCCAGCACAGCCUCGGCCACGCACCUACAGCCCAGCGCACUGGCAGCGCACCACCAGAACACAGCCGUGAGCGCCGGGACCAUAUUUUGACAAAACAAAACAAACAAACAGAAAUAAACACUGACUAUUUUCUUCCAACUGGAAAAAAAUCAUUUUGCAAGACUGAAAGCUUCAUGUGACUCACACAGGCCUCGUUUUCUGAGAGAUGCCGCUACUGCUUAAAUCGGCGAACCAUUGCGUAUAAAUACUGUCUUUUUCUUCUUUUCUUUUAACUUUUCUUUUACACAAUGUCGUCAACAGGCAGACGCUAAAGAAUAAAACGACACACAGUUAUUUUUGUAUUUAUUUAUUUUGUCUCUCCAGGUGGAAAAAUGAAAAAAAGAGAGAAAGAGAGAGAAAGAAGUAAUUGUUUAAUGAACCACUAAGAUCCAAAGCUGUGCUAUACAAGGCUCCUCCUGCCCGAGUGAACCUUAUAGCAGGGUGUGUUAAUGUCACGUUAUGUAGCACAAUCUGAAGCUGUAUCGUGCCUUUUCAAAAGAAAAAAAUGACCUCACUUUCAUUGUCCAUCCUGUUGUAUUUUAAAUGUGCCCAUCGCUGUUCUCAUAAUCUUUCGUUCAUUUCUAUUUUGUACAUAAGGUAAGUAGGAGGAUUCAGUAUUUGUCCCUGUAUACCUGUAGGCUUCAUCCUUGUAGGUUAUCAUGUAGGUUUUUUCUUUUUCGUGUUGAGGGGAAAAAAAUGACCGAAAAGCACUCAGAAGCUACUGAUUUCCCCCCAAAUCAAAAGUCCCCAUGUAACACGUUCCCAGGAAGUACUUUGUUUUAUUUAUUUUGUUUCGUAUGCUGAAUGAACGAUUCUGCCAUUAUAUGAGUCACACUUAUUUAAAUAAAAACAAUGUUUCAUGUGAA